GCGCCCUUUUCUUCUUCAAAUGCUCCUGACCGUUUUGUCCCUACCGCCUUUUUCCAACGCUCCUCCUCCUCUUCUUCUCCCUCCUUCAACUAUGAGGACCCAUUAAUCAGUCCUUGCAGAACCCAGGAAAAAUCAACCGUUACUUUCAAUUGACAAAGGCCGAGAGGUAAAGGGGAUUGAUUUCUCUAAUGGGUUGCUUUCUUGGGUGCUUUGGUUCCUCCAAAGAUCGUCGACGCCGUAAACAGAGGCACAAGGUUCAACCUCGAGAACAGAGGAAUGCAGGUUAUAAUCCAGUGCAAUCAGCCGUUUCUUUGGUACAGAACAACCCAGAAAAAUCAACUAACCCGGUUUCAGAAAUCAGGGAUAAUCCUGAGGAGAAAUUAAGCUUGAGUCCUCGGAAGAAAGUAACAUUCAAUUCGAGUGUAACAACUUAUGAGCAUGUUUCAGUUGAAGAAUCCACGGAGUUUCCUGCAGAGAAUGAAGAUGAAAGAAGAAAAAGGGAGGAGAAGGAGGAGAAUUUAGCAAAACCAACUCAAUCUCAGUCCUCUUCUGAAGAUGGUUCCAUCACUUCAAGCUCAGGAUCUUAUCCUUCCAACCACAGAUACCAGAAUUGCAGGGACAGUGAUGAUGAACUAGACUAUGGAGAAAGUGAAAUUGAGGACGAUGAGGAGGAGGAUGAAGAUGGUGGGGAGCUAGAUUAUGAUGAUUGUUAUGAGGAUGAUGGAAUUUUAGAAUCCAGACCACCACCAUUCACUGAAGAGAUUGAAAAUCCAGCAGUGGUAAGUGGUUUGCCUGAGAGAGAACUGAAGCCAAAUCCGAAUGUUCGAGACAGGAGUGGUUAUGUGCAUUCUGUGCUGAACCCAGUUGAAAAUCUCACUCAAUGGAAGGCUGUGAAAUCAAAAGGGACAACCCCAUUGAAGCAGCAGAAAGAGAAUAUCACACUGAGUCAAGAACCCAGAAAUUCCUUUAGCUCUGAGCCUAGUUUUAGGGAAAUGAGGUUCAGUUUCGAUGCGAAAUCGGAUCAAUCUAAGAAACAAAACCAAGAAAUAGCAGUGGAUGCUAGCUUGUCUAACUGGUUGGGUUCAUCAGAGAACACACCAAUUAACAAGCCUAGUACAAUUGGUUUUGGUGCCAUGUCAGUGGGAUCAAAUUCCCCAAGAAGCUUUGAAGAUAGGCCUAUUUUAGGUGCACUUACGGUGGAAGAGCUUAAGCAGAUUUCAGUUUCUUCUUCACCAAGGAAGUCACCUAGCCACAGUCCUGAUGAGAUGGCUAUCAUUGGGAGUGUUGGAACUUACUGGAAUCACAGUGGCUCUGGCAAGGAUUCUGGAUCAGCUUCUACUUUCAAAGGGAUACCCAACACAACCAGCAAGUACAGAGAAGACAAGAGAGUGAAUUGGCACUCUACUCCAUUUGAGACCAGGCUGGAGAGAGCUUUGAAUGGCGGAGCUGCUGCAGGAACUCACACUUCUAAUGUUCAGUAAACUUGUUUUGGAAGAUUUUGUUUGUGUUGUGUGUGUUUUUUCAUUUCUAUCUUGUUUUGGUUGUGAAUUUGGUGGAUAUCUGUGAUAUACGCACUUGCUGUUGUAAUUUUUUUUUAUUGGUUUGAUUGAUGAUUGAUUGUCAAUACUUUGAAAUUCAACUAAGUUUUCUUUCUUUCCA